AGAGAGAGAGCGCCAAGAGCGGCCAAGUAGGUAUACUUUUUAUACUUCAAAUCAGAUUUUUGUAGAUUGGACCGUUUAUGUCAUGUUGAUUACAUUUAUCUGAAACCGAAAAAGUCCCGAUUUUUAAAUUAGGCACUCCAAAAUAUUAAUUUAUUAUUUUAAAGCUUUUGACCAUAAAAUCUUCUGAUAAGAUUCAACAAUUUCUUAAACAAAUGAAAUAGAAAAUAGAUUUUCUAAUAAGAAAGACAACUUAAGACAGUGUCAUAACAACGUCCUUUUUUGACCCUUAUUUAAAUAAGAAAAUUCCGCUAUGUUAGCAAGAAAACCUUUGUUUUUAUCACGAUUAAUUCAUAAAAAGAGAUGUUCUCGAUGUUAUACGGCACAAACAAGCGUUGGUGAGGUCGAAAUACCGUUUUCUAAAGGGACAUCUUUGAAUAUAAAAACUGGCCAGUAUGCAAGGUUUGCAGACGGUGCCUGUGUGGCUACACUGGGGAACACCGCUAUACUAUCUACAGUGGUAUCCAAAGCCAAACAAAGUUCUUCAACAUUUCUGCCGCUCGUAGUGGACUAUAGACAGAAAGCUGCAGCUGGACGAAUACCAACCAAUUUUCUUAGAAGAGAAUUAGGUCCAACGGAACGUGAAAUCCUAACAUCUCGGCUCAUCGAUCGCUCCUUGCGACCACUAUUCCCACAGAAUUAUUUCUUUGAUACUCAAAUAGUAUGUAACAUGCUUGCGGUUGAUUCUAUGAACCCACCGGAGACUGUUGCCAUAAACGCUGCCAGUGCAGCUUUAGCACUGUCUGAUGUGCCUUGGAAUGGACCGAUUGGAGCUGUAAGAAUAGGACAAAUAGAUAAUGAAGUAAUAAUCAAUCCAACUCGCAAGGAUCUGCAGAAGUCUAUAUUAAACCUGGUGGUGGCUGCUACCAACAGGAACUUGGUUGUGAUGAUGGAGGGCAGCGCCCAGGAUAUACUGCAGCAGGACUUGCUGAAAGCCAUCAAAUUAGGUACAAAAGAAGCCCAGCUUAUAGUCCGAGGCAUAGAGAAACUGCAGAAGAGUCAUGGUAAAAUGAAGCGGGCGUAUGAGACACCGGCGCCUUUGCGCCAAGAAAUAAUGGACGCGGUCAGCACACUGUCUUCUAUGAAGAUCAGGGAGAUACUCAGCGACUACUCCCACGACAAAAUAUCGCGAGACAACGCGAUAUCAGAACUCAGACAAACAGUUUUAAACCAACUUCGUGAGACGGAGGCCGACGUCACACAGUUGCAAGACUGUUUCAACGACAACCUUAAGAAGAUAUUCCGGGACAUGAUAUUCGAGACCGAUGUACGGUGUGAUGGGCGGCAUUUGGAUGAGCUCAGGAAGAUUAGUUGUCAGGUAUCUCUAUAUGAGCCCCUGCACGGUAGCGCAGUGUUCCAACGCGGGCAGACACAGGUUCUAUGCACGGUCGCGUUCGACUCCCCAGAGAGCGCGCUCAAGAUGGAUACACUAACUAUGCUUACUAGUGGCAUAAAAGAAAAGAGUUUCUUCCUUCAUUACGAGUUUCCUUCAUACGCGACGGGUGAGGUGGGUCGGACUGGAGCCCCGGGGCGCCGCGAGGCAGGGCACGGAGCCCUGGCUGAGAGGGGCUUACUACCCGUCGUGCCGCAUCAGCCCUAUACUGUCAGGCUAACUGCUGAAGUACUCGAGUCCAAUGGCUCAAGUUCAAUGGCGUCAGUAUGUGGAGGUUCCCUCGCCCUGAUGGACGCUGGGGUAGCUCUGUCAGCUCCCGCGGCAGGAGUAGCGAUAGGUCUGGUCUCCCGACCUGAUGAACAAGGACAAAUCGAGGACUACAGGAUUCUUACUGAUUUGUUAGGUAUAGAAGACUACAUGGGCGACAUGGACUUCAAAGUGGCCGGUACUAAGAAAGGAAUGACUGCGUUACAAGCUGACGUCAAAGUCCCCGGACUACCGCUCAAGAUUGUCAUGGAGUCUAUACAGAAGGCGUGCGACGCUAAGAGCAAGAUCAUCGAUAUUAUGAAUCAGUGUAUUGAUAAACCAAGACAAGGGCACAAAGAUAACAUGCCGGUUAUCGAAGAGAUGGAGGUGGAAGUCCACAAGAGACCAAAGUUGCUCGGCAUGGGAGGAGCCAACUUGAAAAAACUAUAUCUUGAAACUGGUGUACAGGUAACACCAAUAGACGACAUAAAAUACAGUAUCUUCGCGCCAUCACAAGCGGCGAUGGACGAGGCACACAGUCGCAUACAAGGCUGGCUGACUUCAGAAAAAACUCCUGAACUGGAGUUUGGAGCUAUAUACAAGGCGAGGGUCGUGGAGGUGAAGGAUAUAGGAGUACUGGUCACUCUCUACUCCGGCAUGACGCCCGCCCUUGUACAUAAUACGCAACUUGAUCAUAGGAAGAUAAUGCACCCUUCAGUGCUGGGCUUAGAUGUGGGCUCUGAAAUACAAGUGAAAUACUUCGGACGCGACCCAGUCUCCGGUCAGGUGAGACUGUCCAAGAAGGUCCUUAGCUCCCCGCCACCAGGCGUUGUCAAAAAACUAGAUAAAGUCUAAAUAAAAACUGUGAUAUUUAUUAGGUCAUUAUUAUUGUUAAAAUUGUAUUUGUGUGUGAUGUAAUAUGAGGUUGAAUGCUGAGAUAAAAUGAUGACAGUUAUUAAGCUUAUGUUAAUUAAAAUGUACGGUUGCUAACAGGUCAACUUGGCCUUUCCUGACAAAUUUGUUUGUUACAUUUUUUUAAUAAUAAUAUUGAAUUGUAUUUCUCCACGGACUUAUCGUGCCGUUGUCAUAUUACAAGUACAUUGUUUUCAUGGUCAAAUAAUUGUUAUAAAGAUCUUACAUGCUACGCUAACCACUACUGUUUGUUACAUUUGCAACUUUGUGGUAUUGAUAUAAAUCGCGAUCGCGAAAUACCGCGGUGAGUGUGAGAAUUGCACAACUUGAUUCCCCUUAGUCCUUUCCAUCAUCGUACCACAAGACAAUCGGCGAAGCGUCACCGAUUGAUGAUAGAUGUCUCACCCACACGCACGAAGCGCUUCGCUUCAAGCUUCCUUGUGCGUACUGCUAAGGAGUAGAAUUCUUUGCCAAAGUCUGUGUUUCCUGAAGGGUAUAAUCUGGGAGUCUUCAAGGCCCGAGUCAGUUUGCUUAUGGGCAGACGUGCUCCAUCGUAGGCCGUAUCAUCGCUUGGCCAUACGUCGGCGUCGGCCCAUCAGAUAAAAAAGAAAUAUAUAUACAGUCAAAACCGUUUAUAACGACAUCGAAGGGACCGAUUAAUUAUGAUCGUUAUAACCAAUAGUCGCUAUAACCAAUAUCUUUAUGCUUUAUAAGACAAUAGACUGGACCUCAAAAUUUCGUCGUUGUACCCGAUUCGUCGUUAUAAACGAUGUCGUUGUAAGCGGUUUUGACUGUAUAUAUAAUCGUAAAUCAAUGAAUAAUAAUUACUUUUUGGCGUCAAUUGAUCUGCUGGCGACUUUACAUACCGCAAUAAAAAUCUUUGUUGACAUUAGUUUGUAUUUUCGUGAAUAAUUUUGUAUAAAAAGAAUGAAACUAUAAAAAUGUGCACUAAUCAGGUUCAAAAUAAGUUUUGUUUAUUAAAAAAAAAGAAAAAUGGUACUGUAACUUCAUGAAUUUGUAUUCAUGUAAUUAUGGUUGUUAAAUUGUGCCUACAUUGAUAAUUUCAUCGACUGUAUUAAAACGUAUCAAGAUUUUUUGACAAAAACAGUACAUAGUACAUGUUAUACAGUAUUCACAAUUACUUUCCUACAAAAUGUUUGGUUGUAAAUUGUAUGUCAGGUCACUUAUAUGCAUAAGUUAGUGUGAUUAUUAUGUUGACUGCCAAAAAUUGUACAUAAGUAGAAAUAAAUUCGUAAUUCCAAAUUAUAUUGUUUAUUAUUAUAUACUUUAUAAUCCAGUCCACCCCUCCCUUAAAGCACUUGUAACUGGUGCGCCCCUAAACCCCCCUAAACACUUAAGCGCCUCUAAACCACUGGUGUUGUUGGCAAAAAUCAACCAUCAAUGGCCGGUGUCGUUGAUUUCUUGAUUCAUCAAGUGAUCCGUUUGCUGCCCUAUAUAUGUGUGUAUGACACACAACAGAUACAAAAACCCUCACAUUUCAGUUUUCUAAAAUUUCAUCAAAAAUGUGAUUGUUACAAAAAUACGUCAUUUUUGUUCUCACAUCAGGAGCUAAUUUUUGUGAAACCAGUACACAUAAAUAAAACACAACUUGAUAAUUUCUUUAAUUGUAUAUUGAAAGAAAUAAUCUGUACAAUCUAUGAAAAUAUUGUAUCACAAAAGGACGUUUCAUCGAAGGCACUACACGAGCCGGGCCAGCGGUGCGCAUGCGCAAUACAAACGUACUUACAGGCUCACCAGCCCACACUUACACAACUACAACAAAGUGUCAAAAAAUAAAGGAAUAACAAUACUUCUUACACGAUAAACGAUUAAAUACGUAAAAAAUAUCGAUACAAAAACAUAAACGUAAUUAACAUGUCAAGUUUCACAUUUUCUCUUUAAUACUUGCAGUCUUUGAUUUCGUUGUGACUACCAGCAUUAAAUUAACAUUAAAUAAUUAUUACACAUCUUCAAACUAUUUACAAAUAUUCGAUGAAAAUAUAAAUAUUGUAAUUCGAUUAGGAAUGCUCUGCGCAGAGCGAGAAUUAUAAGAAAAUACCUAACACCGUGCAUUCGAUAAAGGUGGCAACAGGCCAUCGGUACGUGGGUUCAAGGGUCGCAGUUCACUACCGCGGUCACACAGGCAAGACGACAUAGAUUAUAAAGCGACAUACUGACAAAUAACUGCAUGGAAAUCAACCAUUCAAAUGGCAGGUAAAAAAAUAAUAUUUUUCAAUUUCUUUGCAAUUAUUUCUCUGUGUCCCUCUCUCUACAUCGGACUUAUCAAGAACACUAUUUAAACACAAACAAAAACAUUAAUAAACGUUCUAUUUGGCGACAACACUAAUUAUAUAUCUAGUCUAACAUCGCCUAAAUCUAAAUUACGUACAAAAUGUUAGUAUUAAAAAAAAUGGUUU